AAAUAUCCAGAAGAAACAGUCGCCCCCGCAAAUUCACGAAGAAAAUUCAAUCUUAAAUCAAUAUCAUAAGAUAUUCAUUUACAGAUAACUUAAUCCUUCUCUACAAUCUUUGAACAAUACUUACUGCAUAUUUAAAGUUGUGCGCAUUAUCCGCAUUCAAUCUAAAAAGUCGCCGCGCGAUCAAAACUUUUACAUCAUACACACUUCCUUCCUCAUUGUGACAACAAGAGAAAGCUACCAACAAAAUCAAUAUGCCUUCGCAAAUGCCGUCAAGUUUUGCUUCUGCAGCAGCAGCGGCUGCAGGUUCAGGUUCGAGUCGCGAUUCUCGAACGGGAAGGAACGAAAGUGCUCGUGGUAAUGAAUGGGCCAGGAGAGAUACUAGAUCUACCAACGGAAGUGGAAGUGGCACACUGACCUUCCGUCGUUCUUCCAACGCUCCUCAUACAUCAUCCGCACAAGCAGAAAAUCUCCCAGCACACAGUUUCGAAGCUUCCGAUGACGUACCACAACAACCAACUCAAUCAUAUGAGCCAUCUGUUCCAGCAGAUCUUCGUUAUCCGAAAAAUCAUUUAUUGGAUUUAUACCAAAAACACCGAGAGGCUAAAGAUUCCGGCGCGCGCAAUGGCGACGUCUCAAGACUUUAUGUUGAAGGCUGGAACCCUGGUCAGUCGAAUGGAACAAAUGGCCGAGCAUGGGGUAAGGUCACCGAUGGUAGAGAGACCCAUGGUCCAGAUGCAUGCUGGGAUAUGAGUGGUAGUCAGAGACCAGUUUCAUUGGAAGAAAUGACUGAAGAGGAGAAAAUCCUUUUCACUACCGACGUUAAUUCUCCCAUGAAACCACCACCUCAGAAUCAGAAUAAGGGCUCGAACGAACAAGGAUCUAAUACAAAUGGCCGCAAAACCUCGGUUUCUCAUGGCUCUGGCAACUCCAAUUUCGCAGUUUCUUCGCCCGCAUCAAGCAGACCAGGUACGCGCCGCAGGGAGACGAGUGAUGCGGUCCCGUUCGCUGCUGGGUUAGGAUCUCCUGCCGGGACUGGCCGAUUUCCCAGAGACGAGUCCUCUCCGUUUUUUACUCGUAAACUCACGGAUUUGAAGGAUGAUGGAGACGAUAGAGUGGAUGAACCCAAAAGUUCCUUACCAUUUGGUCCCUUGAUGCGUUCUAAUACAGGCGGGGCUAACUUGGGAAGUGCGCCACUAUCUCCCUGGGGACUAGCGACUACAAGUGCAACGAUGACUCCAAUGGGAACCUUCGGUGCAUUUGCGAUGCCAACUCCGACAACUCCUAGUGAGAAACGACCAGGAUUUGGAAGCAUUCGAGGAGAGAGUCGACUUGCACAUCUUAUGCCGAAAGAAAACUCGGAGGAUAGCGCGUCGCAGCCUGCCGAGCGUUCAUGGAGAACUAGACCUCGAACCGAUACGGAUCCAUUUGGCGAGGACAGUGUCCCUAGCGGCAGCGCUGGUCUCGGAGGUGGUCAAGAUACUAGCCCAACCUUGAAUCCUCAGCGAAAGGCUCCAGGGCUUGAUACCCCAAUCCGUGUACUAUCGAGUGACUUCGGGAUGUCUGAUAUGCCUGGCUUCCGAGAUGCCCAAUUACGUGCUCAAAGCCACCAGACACCGCAAGGACAACAUUUCAAUGAGCCAUUGAGUCCCGAUACUAACCCGUAUCGCAGCCCACCCGAGGAACGGAGACACGAUGAUAAUUCCUUUGACGAUGACAAUUCUCAUGAGCGACCUCAACCAUUAGGAGGUAUCCCAGAGCACACACCAAAUGCGUUUAGCAAUCUUUCUAGAAAUUUUGGUAGUGGUGCCUUCGACGGGAGCGAUCGUAGCCAAACAUCUAGUGUUGUAGGUGGGGUUUCCCGAGGACCAUUCGCAGCUUUAGUGGGACUUCCGUCAUUGAGCAAUGUUGGUGGUAUGGGGGGCUGGCCUACAACUAACAACAUGGUAUCUACACCGGACCGUGAAAGUCGAUCUGUAUUCCCAAGCGCAUUUGGAAACUCUAUAUUUGGACCCAUGGGCGAGAUACCAUCGCCAGUCCAUAGCUCUAUGGGAGGGGGUAUGUUUGGGCACGGAAACCCAAUGGGCUCUAUCGGGCGUGGAAGUAAGCUUGGGUCUUUGUUCCCUCCAGCCAUGCAGGCUCAGAUGCAAGGUGUAGAGAACGACAAUUCUGGUGAAAUAGGAGAUAUCCGACAAAACAGUGCAUUUGGAGCGAUUGGCCGAACCCAAUUGCACCAUGGUAAUUUCUAUGGACCAGAACCUCGAACCCAGGAGCCAUUCUCAGCAGCGGAGUCUCAGCCUAGUGCAACCAUCCCACAAGCUCCUUCGGCUCAAUCUAAUUACCAACAAACCCAAAAUGGACCUGACUCUGCUCCUGGCCAACUUCCAAACUCUCAACAACGUAUGAUGGUUAUGCCGGAUAGAAUGCGAUGGAUUUAUCUUGAUUCUCAAGGACAGCCUCAAGGCCCGUGGUCUGGGCUGGAAAUGCAUGAUUGGUAUAAAGCCUCAUUCUUUACUGCCGACCUCUCGGUCAGAAAACAGGAAGAUACUGAGUUUGAACCUCUUGGUCAGCUCAUUCGUCGCAUUGGAAACUCUCGUGAACCAUUCCUUGUGCCUCAGAUUGGCAUCCAGCAUGGACCUCCUACUACUCAAGCUACCCCUUUUGCCUCCGCCGCUACAGCUCCUACUGUUCAACCUGGAUCUGUCCAACCUCCAUUUGCCGGAGCAUUCCCAAGCUUCGGUACUACAUUGACAGCUGAGCAGCAAAACAAUUUGGAGAGACGUAAGCAAGAGGAACAGUACCUCAUGGCUAGACAGAGGGAGUUCUUGGCGGCUCAACAGGUUAACAUGAAGCAAAUGCAAAUGGGCGGCCUUCCUUCGACCUUGCACCACCAUUCAAGUGCACAUAGCUUGCAAAGUCAACCCAGCUUCGGUAGCAUGACAUCGCCAAUUUCCAUGCCACCUCAACCUCCAAUGCCUGGUGGAUUUUUCGAGUCCGGCCCCAGACCAGGUCUGUCGCAGAUGAUGGGGGGUAUGUCCAGUGAGUUUCUUCACGAUGACUUAGCUCGCCUUGGUCUCCAAGAUCGACAACAACCUGGAGCAGUCGGUGCGCCAACCUCUCAAGCUCAGCAAAUCAAUGCACUUUUUGGCCAGCCUCAACACAUUGGCGCUCAACGAGAGGCCCCUAGAGCAGAGCCGAAUGACCCCGAAGGUUUUGUAGCUCGUCUUCGACAAUUUAAUCAGCUUAGAGCCGAGCAUGAUGCAGACGAAGCUGCACAAUCCUCCACAAAUGAGGAUCCCACUCCUCAGCCAGCGGAAGUUGAAGCGAAACCCGAAGAGCAACAAUCACAAUCUCAAGAAGAGGAGAGUGUGGUGGAGGAAGCACCUACACCAAAAUCCCCCGAGGUCCUCUCUUUAACUCAACAAAUCAAGGAUCAACAAGCUUCAGCCGCAUCAGCACCACCCAAGCAAUCUCCAAUUUCGGCCCCUCAACCCGAAUCUCCUUGGACCAAGGUGAAUACCAGCCUUCCAAUGCCUUUCCCCCCUCCGGCACAAUCAACGACCCCUCUUCCUGCUCCAACAGCACAACGAGGAGGUCGCUCCGGCCUGCCUGAUUCCUUACAUGCGGAAGUCCAAUCGCGUUCUGAGACUCCUGAAGCAGUUAGCGCUGGACCAACCCUUGCACCAUGGGCUGUUCAACCUGUCGAGGCUCCUAAAGGCCCUUCUCUAAAAGAGAUUCAAGAAGCCGAAGCAAAGAAGGCUGCUCAAGCAGAGGAGGUUGCCGCUGCUGCUCGUCGUGCUUUACACGAACAAGAAAUGAAGAUGCUCGCUAGUCAACCAGCUGCACCAGCUCCAGGUCUCCCAACCACGUCCACCUGGGGUGCCAUAGCCACACCUACAACCCCUUCUAAUGCUUCAUCUGUUUGGGCUAAGCCGGUUGCUGCCAAAACUCCUGUAACUGCAACUUCUUCCAAGAAGACUCUCGCAGAUAUCCAAAGAGAGGAGGAAUUGCGCAAGAAGAAGCUUGCCGCUACUGCAGCAGUAUCUCAACCUUCUCCUGUUGCGGGUGGUAAACGCUACGCUGAUCUGGCAAGCAAGCCAUCCGUAACCACUCCUGCCAUGGGAGGAGGCUGGUCUACCGUCGGCGCUGCUGGAAAGGUUAAGAUUCCAACAGGACCGUCAGCUGCAACUUCACCUGUCCCAACUCGUGCUCCCAGUACUGCUUCUGUAGCUAGUCCUGCCGUUCGAACAAUAAGACCAACACCAUCCGCUCGCAGCGUAACUAUGGCUGGUACUCAGGCUGGUGGCAAUACUGCCAAUGAAGAGUUCAAGAAAUGGACAAAGGCUACUUUGAGUGGCAAAGAAGGUCUUAAUUCUGAUAUUGAUGUUGAUGUUUUCAUGAAUAUGUUGUCUUCAUUCCCGGAUGAAGCUAGUAUUAUUGCAGAUGUUGUGUAUACUAAUUCCCGUGUGAUGGACGGCCGUCGCUUUGCCGAGGAAUACAUUCGUCGCCACAAAUUGGCUGACAAGGGUAUUGUUGAGCCUGCAAAUACUGGAUCGAAUGAUAAGUCCAGUGGAGGUGGCUGGAGUGAAGUUGCCAAGAAGGGUCCACCAAAGGAGGAACCCACGGCUGGUUUCAAAGUUGUUCCCACCAAGAAGAAAGGAAAGAAAUGAGGGAUUAUAUGAUAGUAACUGAUUGAGCCUCUCUGUAUUAUGGAUAGCUUUGUCUGAGUAGCGAUUUUGUAUUACAGGCUGGAUUGUUCUUAUUUGUCAUCUAUCAAUUCAUGAUUACCAUGUUGACUGACUGACCACCUGCUGCACUAGCGAAAGAGCAAAUAACUACAUUUUGCAGUAGGAAUAGUGUCUAAGGAACAUCAAUGUAAAAGUUGACCGCAUAUGAAUGUUA